AUGUUAUUCAAUCCGAAACCGUUAAGAGAUCCAAUACAUUUUAAAUUUCCUGUACAAUGCAUUUGGUUGAAACUAAAUGGGUCGUGGCCGUUAAAGCGAAUUCCGUCCAAUGCAUUUGAGAAAUUUUGUGGCUUUCUGUACGACGUGUGGGCCUGGUAUGUCGUGGCCAUGGUUGGCAUAACUAUCGGUUUUCAAACGGCCUUCCUUGUUACAUCCUUCGGCGAUAUAUCGGUGACCACCGAGAAUGGCUGCACUACAUUUAUGGGAGUUCUAAAUUUCGCACGCCUGUUACACCUUCGACUGCACCAAAAUGAAUUUCAUCAGAUGAUUGCGCAAUUCGUUAAGGAUAUCUGGAUUACUAAGUCUUCGCAUCCUUCCGUUGAGCGCGCUUGUGCACGUAAUAUGCGCGUCUAUCAGGUCAUUUCAGUAUUGGAAUCCUGUCUCAUCACAAUGUACUGUGUUAUGCCACUAUUCGAGCUCUACAUGCUAACAUUGAAUGAUGCCGACGGCUUAGUGCCCAUCAACAAACCGUUUCCGUACAAAAUGUUAUUUCCCUAUGACGCAAAUCAUGGCUGGCGCUAUGCUCUCACUUAUGUUUUCACAGCAUGGGCUGGUGUUUGCGUGGUGACCACACUUUUCGCCGAGGAUUCCUUAUUUGGCUUCUUUGUAACCUAUACUUGUGGACAAUUAAAUAUUUUACAUAAAAAAAUUGACAAUAUCACAAUCGAUUCGUAUGCAACAGUUCGGGGUGGUCGUGGCGGCACAGAGGCUGACUAUCAACGGGAAUGCAUCCGACGGCUGGAUAAAAUUGCUGCCAAGCAUAGCGUGUUGUUUGACUUCGUCAAUCAGCUGGAAGAGUUCUUUAGUCCUAUUAUGCUGGUGAACUUCAUGAUUUCGUCAGUUCUAAUUUGCAUGGUGGGCUUUCAGUUGGUGACGGGUAAGAAUAUGUUUGUUGGAGAUUACAUAAAGUUUCUGGUUUACAUCUUCUCCUCGCUUUCACAACUCUUUGUACUUUGCUGGAACGGUGACAAAAUAAUUCAAAACUCCCUCGAGAUGGCCACCCAUUUGUAUGCAUGCAACUGGGAACGUGAUAUCGUAUUUGCUGGCACAGCAAACAACUCGUCAGCCGCUCCACAGCUGAGAAAGUCUUUGCCAACGGUUUAUUACUCCACUGAUAAAGUAUUUCGCAGCAAAUUGCAGUUUAUGAUAAUGCGUAGUCAACGACCAACCUGCAUAACGGCAAUGAAGUUUUCAACGUUAUCCUUAAACAGCUUUUCCGGGUUGAUGAGUACAUCAAUGAGCUAUUUUGCGCUCUUGCAAAGUUUCUACGAAAAUGAGGAAAAUUAAAAGUAUGGCAGUGUGUGGGCCUGGCACCACUCCUUUAAUUGAUUACCGGUCGUAAUUCGAUGCAAAAAGCUAUU